AUGUCAUUCACACUCGAAAAGAAACAAACUAAAGCUCAUCCAAUUAGAGCUAAUGGUGCUACCUUAAUAGCCGAGGAUGCCAAAAACUUGACUGUCGUGUACAAUAAAUACAAAUCAAACUGUCCCCGUCCAAACCCCCAAUCGCAGUUGACUUACAAUUUGGUCUUUUGCCAUGGAACAGGAUUCAAUAAAUCAAUCUGGAACUAUCAUAUAAAGAAAUUAUAUCAGCUUUCUCAGUCGUUGCAAGUGCCAUGGUUUUUAGACACCGUUAUCAGUGCUGAUGCAGUCGGUCAUGGUGAUUCAAGUUUAGCCAAUGAUGGAAAAUUGGGCCCCGUUUACACAUGGGAUGAUGGUGCAAGAGAUGUUAUUGAAGUUGUUCAGCAUGAAACUCGUACUACUGGUGAUUUGGAGAAUGAUUUCAAUUCAAGGACGGUGAUUAUCGGCCACUCUAUGGGCGGGUUUGUUGCCACAUACGCGGCAUAUUUGGAACCGACUUUAUUUGAUUCAGUAGUGGCUAUUGAGCCGGUUUUGUUUGGUACCCCCGACAAUGCCCAGUUGUACAUCAAGUUAUUCAACAAGAUUUCUCAGCUAAUAUUGGAUACUUUUGACACCGAAACAGAUGCUAGAUUCUUUUUCGAGAAGUUUUCCUUCACCAAAUUCAUUCACCCAGAAGUGAUGAAUGAUUUCAUAGCGGAUGAAAUAUACAAGACCAAGAAUGAAGAAGGUGAGGAUAUUUAUAAAGUCAAGUGUUUGAAAGAUGUCCAAGUAGCUGCGUAUUUGGGCUCCAUGAUGUCGCUUCCUAAAGGUAUGUUGGCAUUACCAGCAUUGCGUGUGCCAUUUUUGCACGUUAUUGGGUCCAAAGCUAAAUGGAAUCCACCCGAGAGUGUCGCUUGGGUCAGAGGUGCUAUUGAUCCACAAUACUUUGUUGGUGGUGUUGAUAUUAAAGAUGGAGAACAUUUAGUCAAUGCUGAAAAACCCGACGAAGUUGUUGCAAUUAUCAAGAAUUUCUUGACAAAGAGAGAUGAAGUUUAUACAAAAGAGAGAUCGGAAAUUCCUGAAGUUGUCUUGAAGGGGGAUAGAAAAGCGUUGCAUGAUCAAGAGUUUGGUAAGUUGUUAAGAGGUGAUCUUGAGGAUAUUUACGGGUAUGAGCUUGCAAAACAUGCACCUUUUGAUCUCACUUUGACCAAGAAGGAUAGCAAAUUGUAG